GGGCGAGGAGCUCAGAAGGCAAGGGGCCAGCGGCCCCACCCGCAGGCUGCAGGGCGACAGGCGACCCCGCUGGGGAGGCGGCGCGGCGGGCGCGCGGCACGGCCGGGGGCCGGACAGGUGCGCGGGCGGGGGGCGGUGCUUGGGGAUCCUGCGCACUGCGCGCGCCCCUCCCCCAGCGCGGCUCCCGGCGCGGCCCCGGCCCCGGCGCGAGCGGGAGGAGGAGCUGCGGCUGCAGCGGCCACUCGGGCAGGUCGGGGGCGCCACGGGAAGCCGCCGACGGCGCGGGCUGCCGGUCCCAGCGCGCAGGAGGCGCGCGGGCGGCGCUGGGGCCAUGGAGCCUGCUGACGCGGCACGCCUCGGCCCGGAGCGGGUGGUUCGGGCGCUGCCACCGCGGCUGCUGCUGCUGCCGCUGCUCCCGCUGCUGCUGGGUCGGGGGCUGCGCGCGGCGGCCUCGGCCUCCUCCUCUGGGGCGGCGGCCGAGGACAGCAGCGCCAUGGAGGAGCUCGCCACGGAGAAGGAGGCGGAGGAGAGCCACCGGCAGGACAGCGUGAGCCUGCUCACCUUCAUCCUGCUGCUCACGCUCACCAUCCUCACCAUCUGGCUCUUCAAGCACCGCCGGGUGCGCUUCCUGCACGAGACCGGGCUGGCCAUGAUCUACGGGCUCAUCGUUGGGGUGAUCCUGAGGUACGGCACCACUGCCACCAGUGGUCACGACAAGUCACUCAGCUGCACUCAGGAAGACAGGGCCUUCAGCACCUUAUUAGUGAAUGUCAGUGGGAAGUUCUUUGAAUACACCCUGAAAGGAGAAAUCAGCCCUGGCAAGGUCAACAGUGUAGAGCAGAACGACAUGCUGAGGAAGGUAACAUUUGAUCCAGAGGUCUUUUUCAACAUUCUGCUGCCUCCAAUUAUUUUCCAUGCUGGAUAUAGUUUAAAGAAGAGACACUUUUUCAGAAACCUUGGGUCUAUUCUGGCCUAUGCCUUCUUGGGGACUGCCGUUUCCUGCUUCAUUAUCGGGAAUCUCAUGUAUGGUGUGGUGAAGCUCAUGAAGAUUGUGGGGCAGCUCUCGGAUAAAUUUUACUACACGGAUUGUCUCUUUUUUGGAGCGGUUAUCUCUGCUACUGACCCAGUGACUGUACUGGCGAUAUUUAAUGAAUUGCAUGCAGAUGUGGACCUUUAUGCACUUCUGUUUGGAGAAAGUGUCCUAAAUGAUGCUGUUGCCAUUGUACUGUCCUCGUCUAUUGUUGCCUACCAGCCAGCGGGGCUGAACACUCACGCCUUUGAUGCUGCUGCCUUUUUUAAGUCAGUUGGCAUUUUUCUAGGUAUAUUUAGUGGCUCUUUUACCAUGGGAGCUGUGACUGGUGUUGUGACUGCUCUAGUGACCAAGUUUACCAAGCUGCACUGCUUCCCCCUGCUGGAGACGGCCCUCUUCUUCCUGAUGUCGUGGAGCACCUUCCUCUUGGCAGAAGCCUGUGGGUUUACCGGCGUUGUGGCUGUCCUUUUCUGUGGAAUCACACAAGCUCAUUACACCUACAACAAUCUGUCGGUGGAAUCAAGAAGUCGAACGAAGCAGCUCUUUGAGGUGUUACACUUCCUGGCAGAGAACUUCAUCUUCUCCUACAUGGGCCUGGCACUGUUUACCUUCCAGAAGCACGUUUUCAGCCCCGUUUUCAUCAUUGGAGCUUUUGUUGCCAUCUUCCUGGGCAGAGCUGCACACAUCUACCCGCUCUCCUUCUUCCUCAACUUGGGCAGAAGGCACAAGAUUGGCUGGAAUUUUCAACACAUGAUGAUGUUUUCAGGCCUCAGGGGAGCGAUGGCAUUUGCACUGGCCAUCCGAGACACGGCAUCCUACGCUCGCCAGAUGAUGUUCACGACCACCCUCCUCAUUGUCUUCUUCACCGUCUGGAUCAUUGGUGGAGGCACGACGCCCAUGUUGUCAUGGCUUAAUAUAAGAGUUGGCGUCGAGGAGCCCUCCGAAGAGGACCAGAACGAACACCGCUGGCAGUACUUCAGAGUUGGUGUUGAUCCAGAUCAAGACCCACCACCCAACAAUGACAGCUUCCAAGUCUUACAAGGGGAUGGUCCAGACACUGCCAGAGGAAACCGGACAAAGCAGGAGAGUGCAUGGCUAUUCAGGCUGUGGUACAGCUUUGACCACAAUUACUUGAAGCCCAUCCUCACACACAGUGGCCCCCCAUUAACCACCACUCUCCCAGCCUGGUGUGGCUUGCUCGCUCGAUGUCUCACCAGUCCCCAGGUGUAUGACAACCAAGAGCCGCUGAGAGAGGAAGACUCUGAUUUCAUCCUGACCGAGGGCGACCUCACCUUGACCUACGGGGACAGCACAGUGACUGCGAAUGGCUCCUCAGGCUCCCACACGGCCCCCACGAGCGUCGAGGUCAGUCGGAGAACGAAGGGCAGCUCCGAGGAGGUGCUGGAACGAGACCUGGGAAUGGGAGACCAGAAGGUUUCCAGCCGGGGCACCCGCCUGGUGUUUCCCCUGGAGGAUAACGCGUGACUCCCCGCCCCGAGCCCUGAGUGACGGGGUAGGCCCACUGGCGGGGUGAGGAUGGCUGCGAGCUUGAGGUGGGGCCUUGACUGAAUGGAACUAACACUUCUAUUUUAUUGGGGUCUGAAGAUAUCUUCACAUUUAAAAUUUAACCCAAGGCGCAGCUGGUGGGGCUGAAGUGUCUCUAAAUCAAGACAGAUGCAGACCUAUUCCCACUUUUUUCACAUAGUAGUGCGCUGUUCAGAGUUAAACAAACAAACAAACUAAUAGCAUGCUUUAAUGCUCUCUUCAUUCAUUCACCUGCAGAUCUGAACAAGGUGUGGCAGGUUGACGAACUCCUGGGGGUUCUUCCCAGGAGAGGCUUCAUAUCCAGACACAGCGAUGCAGGUCUAGCUGGUUGUAGGAAUAGCAAGGGGAGAACAGGCUAGAAAAAGACCGUGAAGGAAGGCAAUUGAGAUUGGACCUCCAAGGAUUGUGACAGGCUGGUGUUAAACGGGACAGAAAACAUGAAAAAGCAAUUUGAGUGGAGGCUCCAGCAGCUAGGCUGCGUGACUGCACCCUCCCAUCAGGAAUUCCUGCCCUUUUUGGCUACCUGUGUUUCCUCUAGACUGAAGAUUGGAAAAUCUGUCCAUGAACAUUUCAACAUGGGGGAACGAAUUCCAAUUCCUUCUCUGGAAAUCUCCAUAAAGAAGUUACUGAAAUGUUUGAAACCAAAGGCAAAAUAGUGUUAUACUGUUGUUUUUAAUUAAUCUGAGGACAGGAGAAACUGUUUAGAAACUGAUGGUGAUAUCACUGCAAAAAUCAGUCAGUUCUUGAAGGCUCCCAUAUGAGCUGACUGCCUGGAAAACGAUUAAUAGGACUGGAUUCUAUUGUGGGUUUAGAAAUAACACCACAGUUUGUGGGGUGCAAUUUUGUCUAGGGAAGAGAAGGCAGUAAGAAGCCUAAGAGGGAACAGGCUAGUAUUCAGAGGGAAGAAAUCUCACUGCAAACAAAACUAACUCAAAGAAAGUACAAGAUAGUAUUCUAAUGACUGAGUAGAAUUCCAAACUUUGAGCUAAUAAAUACUUGAGAUUUCAGUGGCCACAUGGGGAAUCAGAGGCAAGUCAAUGAAAAGUUCAGCAUUAUUCAACUUGAUGGAAGGUUUUGUCUACUAUAGACAGAUUAGGAAUCCAGAUGUCUUGACAUUGAAUGCCAUGUAGAGAAGGGCCAUUUUCUUGGUAUCUGGGGAGCCUUGCACCAGCUUCAUGUGUAAGUGUGGUUUCAAAUUUAGGUUUUUAGUUUGGUUUCUUUGUGGAUGAGCCGCUCCACCUGCCCGCACCUGCAGUAGGUGAAAUACUGAGAGAACUCUUGGAAACCAAGUUUGAGAUUCUCCCCGUGUCUCUAUGCUUCAGUGCUAGUAUAUUUGAAAACCCAGUUUCUAAAAAAUGCUUUCAUAAAAUGUGGCCAUUUUUCUUAUUAUGGCAGACAAAAUAGCGGCCCAGUUCAGUCUAGGACACCCGUAAUGAAGUCAGUCAUUGAAUCUUCUUGACUCGCAUUUUUAAUGGUUAAUCUUUAAAUAAGACAUUACUUGAUACUUUGUUUUUGAAUUGAUAAUUUGUGCAAACCAGGAAAAUUUUAUUAUUAGGUUGAGCCAUAUGAAAUUGCUGACAUUCAACCAUUUAAAAAAAAUAGAUAUGGCAAUUUCAUAUGGUUCAAUAUAAUAUAAUUGAAUCAUUUUUAUUCCCCUCUUUCCUUCGUAUCUACACUAAAGUCCAUUUUGAUUUUAUGGUCAUCCAUGGGCUUUGUCCUCUUCACUGCAAACAUUUUAUUCUAACCUACUUAAAUAUAAGUAAAUGGAGAUUUGCUAAGACCAAAAGUGAGCUAGGUUUGUAGUUAUGUGGUUGGAUUUUUUAUUCAGUGGAUCAGAGUAAGUCACUGACCUGUGGUCCUAAUUUUUGUUUGCAAGAUGUGGAGAUGAAUCCUGACCUUACCAGGGGUCAUGGGAAGUGAGUCCGCUCAUCAACAUGCUUCCACCUCUCAGAAGCAUCAUGCCUGUGCUGAGUGGCAAAAAAGCAGGGUGCCACGAAGGCCUGAAACCACCUCACUCAAGGCUGAGUAUCUGUUGCCAGUCUGGCAGAAAUCAGAUCGAAACUGCUAAGUAAUGGUGCAUCCAGCUAAAGAAAGUUCCCCUGAGAGAGUAAUCCCAAGUCAUCUUAUAAACAUGUUUGUUCUGGGUUGCGGGGAUGACAGUUCAGUAGUCGAAUGCUCUAGAGCACAGGUUCUCAACCCUGGCUGCACAUUAGGAUUACCUGGCCAGUUUUU